AUAUAAAGUAAUAAGAUUUGGAGACGGAAAAUACAUCCUAUUAUAGACACAAUCCAACGUCGAUGAAAUAAUGGCAGCGCCCAAGCUUUCCGUUAUCGACUUCUCUUUGAAAAGCUUAAACUCUACACCAAGUUCUUGGAUCACAACAUGCAGUCAUGUUAUGCGUGCUCUUGAAGAGCACGGUGUUUUCAUUGCCAUGUACGACGGUGUACCGCAGGAGCUUGACGACAUGAUUUUCCAUGCAUCACGAGAUCUAUUUGAUCUUCCUACCGAAGUCAAAGUCCUAAACACUUCAGAUGCACCAUAUCAUGCUUACAUUGGGCAAAUUCCCGCUAUGCCUAUGUACGAAAGCUUAGGUAUUGAGAAUGCAACAACCAAAGAAGCAGUUGAAAUAUUCACAAAACUCAUGUGGCCUUCUGGAAAUAAAAGUUUCUGUACAAGUGCAUCGAUGUUCUCCAAGGCUGUAGCAGAACUGGAUCAGAUAGUUUUGCGGAUGGUAGCAAAAAGCUAUGGAAUAGAAGAACACUACGAGUCGCUCCUUGAGUCAACAAAUCAUGUUCUGCGAUUCAUGAAGUACUUAUGCCCUAAAGAGAACGAGGAAAAUCCUCUAGUCCUUCGUCCUCACACUGAUAAGAGUCUCAUGACAAUUCUUCAUCAAGAACAAGUAAAGGGUCUACAGAUACAAACUAAGGACGGACAUUGGAUCGACGUUGAUCCUGCACCCUCAUCGUUCAUAGUCAUGGCAGGUGAUGCUUGCAUGGCAUGGACAAAUGGAAGAAUCGAAGCACCAUGUCACAGGGUGAUUUUGCAGGGAAACCAAGAGCGAUUUUCAUUGGGGCUAUUUUCGUUUAUUAGGGAUAUGAAGAUAGAGAUACCUCAGAAACUCAUUGAUGAAGACCACCCUCAACGGUUUAAGGACUUUGAUCACUACAAGUACCUUCAUUACUAUCACUACACCGAUGAAGGGAAGAGGUCCACGUGCCCCAUCAAAUCCUACUGCGGAAUUUGAUCAGCUGUAUAUUGUUCAAAAUAAAUUAAGGUGCCAACAUAUAUAGCACCACAUGUAUGUUUGAUCAUAUAUGUACGUCUUGUUCAAAUUGUUUCUUGUUUCUUUGUUCAAGUACUAAUUACUAAAUAUAUACAUAUAAGUAAGUUGUAUUGUA